UACUGUCAAGGAUACGCCAAAUCAAACAACCGCAAAACCCUUUUUCAUUUCAAACACACACAAAUUCUUCAAUUUCAUCUGCAAAAACCUCUAUUUUCGAAUAUCUCAACAACGAAAACCGAAUUCAACCGUAAGUCUUCACUCUAUUCAGUUAAAGCUGUUAUCAGGCAUCCGCUGCUCAUAGUUCUUACCGCGAGAAAUUAUUUGAUUGUGAUUUUGAAGAAACAAUGUCAAAUGGAGAGGUCAAAAAAGUUUCACCUCAAGAUUUACAACUGGUACAAAAUCUUAUAGAAAGGUGUCUUCAGCUAUACAUGACUCAAAAAGAAGUUGUUAGUACUCUACUACAUCAAGCAAAAAUAGAACCGAGUUUUACUGAACUUGUUUGGCAGAAGCUUGAAGAAGAAAAUCAAGAUUUUUUCAAGGCUUAUCACUUGAGAUUAAUUUUGAAGGACCAAAUAUUGAAAUUCAAUAAAUUGCUUCAGACACAAGCCGAGCUGAUGAGUCAGAUAUCCCCUGCCACGUCAGCAACUUCAGUUCCUAUCAAUAAUGGAUCUCAUGUUUCUUUAAUGCACCAAAACUCUUCAUACCAUACAUCAGAUAACACACAAUCUAUGAAGCUUGAAAACAUGCACCAAUCAGCAGCAGCCAAAUUGCCAGGUGGACUCACUAACGGUGCGUCAUCACUCCACCCAUCUAUGCAAUCAGGUGUCAGUAUGUCUACUUUGCCCAGAAGAGAUGACGUGUCACCAAACGUACUAAUGAAUCAGAAUUCAAAUAUGGGAAUGAUACACGGAAUGAACGGUGAAGGGAUUAUCAAAUCAGAAUCCUGUUAUGCAGAAGAACCCGCGUUUAUGUUCAAUCCUGCUAAUAAUGUUCUAGAAAGGCAUCCAGUUAUGCCAGAGGUGCCUGUUGCUUCAUUUAUUGGCGAAGAAUCGAACGCGAAGACUGUGAAUGAACCGAUUGUGGAUCCUGAUGCACCGUCGUUUGGGUUUUUGGGCCAGAUCCCUAGAAACUUUAGCCUGUCGGAUUUAACGGCUGAUUUCAACAUCAGUUCAGAUAUAUUGGACAACUAUUCUAGGUCACCCUACCUAGCAGCAGAUACAGACUUUUUGAAUCCAAAUGGUAAUGGAGACAUUCAAGGUCGACAUUCAGCCCAUGUAGACAGAACUUUCGGUAAAUAAUUCUUGUAUCUGAAUUAUCAAAUAACGAUACAAUGAUGGAUGUUUGUUUAGAUUGCAGUUUCUUUAAGCUUGUUUGUUUUUCUUGUUUCUAUAUAGUUUGGUGAUUUGCUAUUUCUAGGAUUUUUCUUUAAUUUAUUUUGGUUUUGGUAUAAUUGUAGAUGUGAAUGAUUAUUGACUAGGUAUCAAAUUGGUUUUGUUUUUUCUUUUUUUGCGUGACUCUUGUAAUGUAUUAUAACAAAUGUGCCAUAAAUACUGUGUGUAUUUACCUUCAUUUAAGAACAAUUAUAAUGAAAUUUCAGGGUUAAUAUA